GUAUGAAUAGAAUUGGAUUUGGAUUGUUAUGUAUAAUGUUGGUGACAGCUAGCAGCAAUGUGAUGUUACAGACAGCAGAUCAUAGUGCAUUUAUAGAAGUGUUUAAAACUUAUGUAAUGAGUGUUGGUUUACAAGGAAAUAGUCAAAACAAAGUGAAUUCGGUGGAAGAUUAUUUGGAGAAUUAUUGAUGAUGGUUCAGAAGGGUGAAACAUUAUAGAGUCUAAAUGAUCAUGUUGAAGAGUUGAGAAAGCAUUUGGCAAAUGAUGAAUCAGAGGAUGAGAAAUAUUUCAAUGAUAAAUAAUAAGAAAUGGAAGCUACAUUUUCAGGAUUAGCAAAUGAAGUAGAAGAAUUAAGAGUAUCAGUUGAACAAGCAGCAAGUAGAAUUUAAGUUUUGAAUAACUAAUAAACUAUUAUUGAUGGAUUAUUUGCAAAUGAUUAAUAAGCAUAUUAAAAGAGAGUUGGUGAUUAAAAUGCUAUUUUGGAUGUAAUUGGAUAAUUGUUAUUACGUGUGAGUGAAUUACAAUAAGGAGGUGGACAUAGUUUAAUUGAAAAAGAUAAUUUAUUAGAUGAAAUCAAAGCAUUAGGAAGAGGAAAACAUAUUGAAGUCUUAGCUUAAGUAAUUAAUUAUUAUUUACAUUUAGAUUACUGCUCAUUUAUAAACUGAAUAAGUUGAACAUAUUUAAGAAUUGUUGAAUAGAUUGAGAGAUGCAGUCUUAAAUAGUUUAGCAAUUGAUGAAGAGAAGGAAUAAGAAAAUAUUAGAUUAUACAAUAAGUUGAGUGGUGAAAUCAGAAGGUAAUAUUAAUAUAUUAUAUAUAUUUUAUUAGUUCAUUGGCUUAAAGUGAUAGAUCAUAUUAAGAAUUGGAUGCUCACUUUUAAUAAAAGGAAUUGGAAUUGAAUACUAAGAAAUUGGCAGUACGUGAAGUAGGAUAGACAUUGUAAGACAGAAAUGAUUAGAGGUGAAUAAUUCUAUAAUAUUAAUAGAUAAUUUAUAUUGGAUAGAGUCUAAGAGGCAUAAAAAUUAUUGAAUGAUAAUUUAGAUAGAAUUGCAAGAUGGUCAGUUGAAAGCGAAUGAAC